AUGGCAACGCCCGCUCUCCCCAUGGUGGCGGUCAACCCCGCGAUGCCACGGGGCUCAGACGAAUAUGAGCAGAAACGAGCAGCGAGCCUGCAGCGUCUGGCCGACAGCAUCCCCGUCGCGCUCCGCCUCCCGCAGCACAUCAUCGACUCUGCGCCCAAAAACGUCACCGCCAUACCGCGCCAGUCUGGCCUCUUGACGGAGCGGGAGCUGCACAUCACCGAAGCCUACGAUGCCGUCGCGCUGGCCGCCGCCCUUGCCGCCAAACGAUACUCGGCCGUCGAGGUCGCGACCGCGUUUUGCAAACGAGCUGCCAUGGCCCACCAGCUCACCUGCUGCCUCACCGACUUCUUCAUGGACGAGGCGCUCGCCCGCGCACGCGAGCUCGACAGCCACCUCGCCGUGACGGGGCAGACUGUUGGUCCGCUGCACGGCGUGCCGACCAGCAUCAAGGCACACAUGCCGCUGCGAAACCACCUCCUGGACCUGGGCACGCUGAGCUCCGAGACCGUCGUCGACUACGACAGCCACGCCAUUGCCAUCUUGCGCGCGGCCGGCGCCGUCUUUUACUGCAAGACGAACCAGCCGCAGCUCAUCAUGCACCUCGAGUCGGCGUCCUUUCACGGCCGCACGCUCAACCCGCACAACACGACCCUGACGUCUGGCGGAUCCAGCGGCGGCGAGGCCGCGCUGCAGGCCAUGCGCGGCUCCGUCUUUGGCGUCGGCAGCGACAUUGGCGGCAGCAUCCGCGGGCCGGCCGCCUUUUGCGGCAUCUACGGCUUCAAGCCCACGUCCAACCUGCUGCCCCGCAAGGACGGCCUGCCCGGCAACGCCGCCGCUGAGCUGACGGUGCCGGCUACCUGGGGCCCCAUGUCGCGGUCCCUGCGCGACAUGGACCUCUUCAUGUCCGUCUUUUCCGCCGCGAAGCCCUGGCGCGUCGAUCCCCGCCUCAACACCGCGCCAUGGACCGGGCUCGCUACCCCGCAGCCGGCAGGCCCGCUCAAGGUCGGCUUCAUGAUGACAGACGGCGCCAUUCAGCCGCAGCCGCCCGUCGUCAGGGCGCUCGAGUGGGCGCAGACGCAGCUACAGCGCGCCGCGCCCGCCGACGACAUCCAAGUCAAGCCGUUUGCGCCGCUGCGCACCCAAGAGGCCGCCAAGAAUGCGCGCACCGCCUACUUCCCUUACGGCAUCGAUGCCACCCGGCAGAGCUUGCAGGAUGCCGGCGAGCCGCUGCUGCUGCUGUCCGAGUGGACGAUGCGGGACGCCGAGGCGGCGCCUACGCCCACGACGCAGGGCCUGUUUGAGUUGAGCAACCAGAAAGAGCAGUUUUGGUGCGACUGGGCCGCGCACUGGAACGACCAGGACGUGGACGUGCUCAUAUGCCCUGUCUUUUACGGGCCCGCGCCCAGCCACGAGACGGCGUUUUACUGGAACUACACCAUCCUCUUUAAUUACCUUGACAUGCCGGGCGUGGUGAUUCCGACGCCGAUUGUGGCUGGACCAAAGGGCACGGAGCGUUAUGGCGAUGACGACAACUGCCUGAGCGACGAGUGUGAGCAUGUACGUCGGCUUUGGGACGAGGGCGACUUUGAAGGUGCGCCAAUCACGCUCCAGAUUGUGGCUCGGAGGGGCCAUGAUAAUGAGCUGUUUGGGGCGCUGGAGAAGCUGAAGAAAUAUUUGAAUGUGGAGUGA